AUGGCAUCGAAUGGCGAUACAGGUGGUGGGGCUGCCACGAAAGAUGCGAAACUCACUCGACGGCCGAGUCCAAUUGGCCUUGCACAUGUCGUUCUUCGAUCAACGCCAGAACAGUACCAGAAGAUGGUCUGGUUUUACAAGGAGCUUCUAAAUGGGGAAAUCGUUCUCGAAGAAAAGACGUUCGCCUUUCUCCGUUACGACUAUGAGCAUCAUCGAGUCGGAAUUUUAAUGACUCCCAACACACAACCCAGGAAGGGUGAUGUUGCGGGACUUGAACAUGUCUCAUUCACAUUUGCUACACUUACCGACAUGGCACGCAUUUAUCAGCACCUCAAAGACAGGGGCGUGAAGCCAUAUUGGGCAGUCAACCAUGGUAUGACCAGUAGCAUGUACUAUCGAGAUCCGGAACGCAAUAAGGUGGAAAUACAGAUUGAGAACUUCGACACGCCGGAGGAGGCGGAUGCUUUUGUGAGGGGCCCCUUGUUUACCGCGAAUCCAGUAGGCACAGACAUCGAUCCUCCUUCAUGGGCGGAGCGCAUCUUGAGCAAGAUGAAGCCCAAUGGGGAGGAAGGAUUGUCUGAAGAAGAAAUGAGAGAUAUCAAGGCAAGAAAAGAGAUCGGCCCCAGACAUGAGAUACCUGCGAUAGCACUCGCGGCGUAA